UACAUUGCUACGUAUGUGAACCACGACGCGCACGCAGAGAGAACCGACGAAUACUCAAAGCUAAGCGAUUGGCAGUGACAUUCAGUUAUUCGCUGGAACUUGCCGCGAACGGUUCAAUCCCUCGAUUCGUCCAUUCCCCCAAAAGUACCCAAAAAUAAGCGGCUUACUGUUUGUAUACACAACCGAAUGCGUUGGGAUUGGUGCUGUCGACACACACUUGUUGCUGCUCAGCCGAAGGAAUCCGAACAGCAAGCAGCCACUCAGCCGAGAAGAGUGACGCAUCGUAAUCGGCAGCAAAGAUGGAAGCCCAUCCGAUGGACGAGUUUUGCGGUUCCCGAUUUUGGGACCUAAAUCUAACCUGGUAUACGGAGGAUCCGGAUUUGACACCGUGUUUCCAACAGACCGUGCUCGUGUGGGCGCCCUGCGCUUUCCUCUGGGUUUUCUCGCUGAUCGAGCUGUUUUACCUGCGGAACAGUCGUAACCGCAAUGUUCCCUGGAGCGUGUUGAAUAUCACAAAACUAGCUAUCGUUAGCGCGCUAAUUGUGCUAACCAUUGUCGAUCUAAUCAAAGCAAUCUCAACAGACGGUACGGUGGCGCCGGUCUACUUUUACACCCCGGUGAUAAAAAUUGCCACUUUCGCUUAUGUUGCCGGUCUAAUAUAUUUAAACAAGUUCUACGGAAUGCGAACAUCCGGCUUGAUGUUCCUCUUCUGGGGUCUCUUGGUUAUCUGCAGCAUUCCGCGCUGUCGAACGGAGUCUCGUGCCCACCAACUGCGCCAAGAAACUGACUCGUGGGCAGACUAUCAUUUUGUCAGUUUCUUCAUUUUCUUCGCCGGUUCGUGCCUGAUGUUCCUCACGAACUUCCUCAUCGACAAACCGCCCCAGCAAACAAAAUACGAAAUAACAGAUAAGGAUUGUCCUGAACUGUCAGCUACUUUCCCGUCGCGACUGGUUUUCGGGUGGUUCGACAAACUGGCCUGGACAGGAUUCAAAAAACCCCUGGUAAACGAAGAUCUCUGGAAUAUGAAACCAGAGGAUGCUUCUAAAGAAGUGUCUCCUCUAUUCAUGAAAUAUUGGAACGAAACUCUGGAGAAAACGUAUAAAACUCGAGAGGUGCACGACGUAACAAGUACUGCUAGUUUCAAAAAGCAAUCGGCUCGUGUAGAUUUCAAGACGAUCAAGACGAAAAAAAUUGCGUCAAUUCUACCGGCUCUAAUUAAAGCUUUUGGUCCUACAUUUGCUUUUGGAUCAUUUUUGAAACUAGGGCAAGAUGUGUUGACUUUUGCAUCUCCUCAAAUCCUGAGGCUCAUCAUCAAUUUCGUUGGCGGCGAGGAACCCCUGUGGAAAGGCAUUUUCUUUGCACUUUUACUGUUUUUGGUAGCCGGAACGCAAACACUAUUUUUGGCACAAUACUUCAACCGGAUGUUCUUCGUCGGAUUGCGAAUCCGUACGGCGCUGAUCAGUGCCAUCUACCGAAAGGCAUUGAUCAUUUCAAACAGCGCACGAAAAGGUUCGACCGUGGGUGAAAUCGUUAACCUGAUGGCGGUCGAUGCUCAAAGAUUCAUGGAUCUGACCACCUAUAUUAACAUGCUGUGGAGUGCUCCGCUGCAGAUUGGCUUGGCGCUGUUUUUCCUGUGGGAAAUUCUGGGACCGUCCGUGCUAGCUGGACUGGCAGUGAUGAUUAUCCUGAUUCCCGUCAACGGUGUCAUUGCCAAUAAAAUCAAAACGCUGCAAAUUAAGCAAAUGAAGAACAAAGACGAACGUGUCAAACUGAUGAACGAAGUGCUCAGCGGUAUCAAGGUCCUGAAACUAUACGCUUGGGAACCAAGUUUUGAGCAGCAAAUUCUGAAAAUUCGUGACAAGGAAGUCAAAGUUCUCAAGUCGGCUGCUUAUCUGAAUGCUGGAACAUCAUUCAUCUGGUCAUGCGCUCCUUUCCUGGUAUCAUUAGUUACCUUCGCAACCUAUGUCAUGGUGGAUGAGAAUAACGUCCUGAAUGCUACCACAGCUUUCGUCUCACUCGCACUAUUCAACAUCCUUCGGUUUCCGCUCUCGAUGUUACCUAUGCUCAUCUCUAACAUGGUGCAAACCAGCGUUUCUGUGAAACGUAUCAACAAGUUCCUGAACCAAGAAGAACUUGAUCCAGACAACGUUACACACGACGAGAAAGAAUCUUGUCCGCUGGUAAUUGAAGAUGGUGUGUUCUCAUGGGGUGAAGAAGAAACCACCUUGCGUAACAUAAACAUUAAGGUGCAGAAGAAUGAACUGGCGGCUAUCGUGGGUACCGUUGGAUCCGGUAAAAGUUCGGUACUGUCUGCAUUCCUUGGUGAAAUGGACAAAAUUUCCGGACGGGUCAAUACGAUAGGAAAAAUAGCCUACGUCAGUCAGCAGGCCUGGAUCCAGAACGCUACUCUGCAGGAUAAUAUCCUGUUCGGUAAACCGAUGGAUACCAAGUUGUACAAUAAGGUCAUCUCGGCAUGUGCAUUGAAACCCGAUAUUGAAAUGUUGCCUGGUGGCGAUCAGACUGAAAUCGGAGAAAAGGGGAUCAACCUGUCCGGUGGACAGAAACAACGUGUUUCUUUAGCCCGAGCUGUAUAUAGCGAUGCAGAUAUAUACUUCUUGGACGAUCCGUUGAGUGCCGUAGAUUCUCACGUUGGAAAGCACAUAUUCGAACAGGUCAUCGGAGAAAACGGAUUGCUAGCGAAGAAAACUCGCGUACUGGUAACGCAUGGUAUUACUUACUUGCCGAAUACAAAUGUGAUAUACGUCAUGAAGGACGGAGAAAUUUCGGAAUCUGGCUCUUACCAGGAGCUGAUGGAAAAGAAAGGAGCGUUUGCAGACUUCCUGAUUCAACAUCUACAGGAAGUAAACGAAGAAGAGGAGGACAUUGAUGAGAUAAAAGCCCAACUGGAAUCUAACGUUAGCAACGAGGAACUAAAACACAAAUUUGAACGUGCCAUCAGCAAACGAUCACGAAGCGGCAGCACGUCAUCUGGAAAUGAAUCGUUCUCCAGGCAAAACUCUGAAAUAAGUGGAAGCCAAACUAGUUUGAGACGACGAACUCCCGAAAAGAAACUUCCAGAAGAGCCACAGAAGAACAAGUUGAUCGAACAGGAAAAAUCCGAAACGGGAAGCGUGAAAUGGGAAGUCUACAAACAUUAUCUGAAAAGCAUUGGCCUAACGCUUUCAGUGGCUACAGUUUUUCUGAAUAUGAUAUUCCAAGGUUUUUCGAUAGGAUCUAACCUAUGGCUGUCCAGAUGGUCGACAGAUGAAUCAGCCGAAAAUGAUACCAGUGUUAGAGAUAUGUACUUGGGAGUGUAUGGUGCUUUCGGUGCUGGACAAGUGUUUUCGGUGCUUCUGUCCACGUUGGCCCUGUAUGUCGGGGCUUUGAGUGCAUCACGUAUCCUGCAUAAGCAGUUGCUUCAAAGCGUGCUCCGUGCGCCAUUGGCUUCGUUUUUCGACGUUACGCCGCUGGGUCGGGUGUUGAAUCGCUUCAGCAAGGACGUCGACACGACCGACACUGAUCUACCGGCCACACUUCGUGCCUGGAGUGCCUGCUUCUUCGGGGUGGUAGCCACGUUGGUGGUCAUCAGUAUCUCGACGCCAAUUUUUGCCACCGUAAUCCUGCCGAUCGGUAUCCUGUACUAUGCCGUGCAACGCUUCUACGUGGCCACAUCGCGGCAACUGAAGCGUCUGGAAUCGGUGUCCCGUUCGCCAAUCUACUCGCACUUUGGUGAAUCAAUCCAGGGAGCACAAACCAUUCGUGCCUACGGUGUUCAGGAUCGGUUCAUUGUCGAAUCGGAAUCUCGCGUAGACUUCAACCAGGUCUGCUACUUCCCGAGUAUCAUCGCCAAUCGGUGGCUGGCCGUUCGUUUGGAGAUGGUCGGAAAUUUAAUCAUUCUGUUUGCCGCUCUGUUUGCUGUGCUCGGACGAGAAACAAUGAACCCAGGUUUAGUGGGUUUGUCAGUUUCGUAUGCAUUGCAAAUCACUCAAACUUUAAAUUGGUUGGUGCGGAUGACAUCGGAUGUUGAGACGAACAUCGUAGCAGUGGAACGUAUUAAAGAGUAUGGAGAGACGAAGCAAGAAGCCGCGUGGGAACUUCCGAACAGCAACUUGCCACGAGACUGGCCGGAACAGGGCCGUGUAGAGUUCCAAGACUUCCAGGUGCGAUAUCGGGAAGGACUCGAUUUGGUCCUGAAAGGCAUCUCUUUUGCGGUAGACGGCGGUGAGAAAGUUGGAAUCGUCGGUCGCACUGGUGCUGGAAAGUCUAGCUUGACGUUGGCUUUAUUCCGAAUUAUUGAGUCUGCCGGUGGAAAGAUCGUAAUUGAUGGGCAAGACAUUUCUAAGCUCGGUCUGCAUGCCUUGAGAUCUCGAUUGACGAUCAUUCCACAAGAUCCAGUUCUCUUCUCGGGAACGAUGCGAAUUAAUCUGGAUCCUUUCAAUGUGCAUAGCGAUGAAGAUAUCUGGAAAGCAUUGGAACAUGCUCAUCUGAAAUCUUUCGUGAAAGGUCUAACGGCUGGUAUCAAUCACGAGGUCAGUGAAGGCGGAGAAAAUCUGUCCGUUGGCCAGCGGCAGUUGAUUUGCCUGGCGCGAGCAUUGCUGCGGAAAACUAAAGUACUUAUUCUGGACGAAGCUACUGCUGCUGUUGAUCUGGAAACUGAUGAUCUAAUUCAGAGAACCAUUCGCACCGAAUUCAAGGACUGUACGGUGCUGACGAUAGCCCAUCGUCUCAACACUAUUAUGGAUUAUGAUAAAGUGAUCAUUCUAGAUAAGGGUCAAAUCUCUGAGUUCGCUUCACCAAGUGAACUCCUUCAGAACAAAUCGUCGGCUUUCUAUAGCAUGGCCAAGGAUGCUGGAUUAGUGUAAUUAUCUGUUUUAUCGUUUUGUCUGUCUGUGACAAUUUUUCUUGAACAAUAGUUUAGGACAAAUAUUUAAACUAACAUCUUCAGAGUGACGUUUUUGUUAUCGUUCAUUUCCGGCUACUAAUGAUUUCUCGUCACACUUAUUAACCGUGAUUCGUUUGAGCAUUUAUUUCAUUCCUGUUGAGGGUUUCAACAUCAUAAACGUACUUAUCAAGCGGGUAGAAUUUACAGUAUUCAGAAACAUUAGAACGAAUCUAUCAAAUUGGCUGCAACUUCGAAACAUCAUACUUAAUUUCACAUCUAGUACACUUAGUUUUAUGCAUGAUAUUUUACGAUGUAAUACUUAAAAAGUGAUACUUACCGUUACGUGCAACCAACAUCUCAAUGCCAAAACGCGCCAUCCGUAUAUAGGACUUCACUAGGUACCACUAAAACGUAGAACAACACUCUUUCAGUGGAAUCGUUCUGUUGAUUAGUAAGAAGUUUCCAAAUGUGUUCAGUACAGUACACAACAUUCGAGAUAUAUACAAUAGUGUAAUAAGUAACUUUUACAAUAUCCCUUUCUACUCCACUAGCAGAAGAAGGUUAAGAAUGAACAAAGAAGUAACUUAAACAUUCAAGACGAAGCUAUUUUGGUUUGGCUACGAGUUUACGUUCAGCAGCAAGAAAAAAAACUUGCACACUUUCUCAGGAUACUCCACUACACACGGCUACUUGUGGCAGAGUUGGUUUGCCUUGGUCCGUCAGAAUUGUACGGAAUCCACCGGAAUUCGUGCGGUUCGGCGAGCAAUACGGAACAAGUUACUAAGUACAGUGUCUCGUGCUUUGUGUUUGAUUUUAAAGUGCCUUUGUCGAAGCAUUACUAUUAUGUACGUUAAUAUAGAGAAAAUAACUGUCGCGUAACAGGUUUAUACUUAACAUAUAUUUGUUUGAUGGCAAAUAAUUGUGUCUCUAUUGGAUAGAAAUAAAGAAUCUUUUUUGCAAAAUAA